AUGCAGCAAAUUGAUGAGGGUUUACGACAGGAAGGAAAUGAGGAACAAAUAACACCUCAAAACAGCGAAUUAAUUCAUGGAGAAGAUGAACAAAAUAAUGAAUUAGCUUCUCCGGAACAAGAAGCUGGGCAAAUUGAACCACCGCAACAAGCAACUGGGACUACUGAUGAGAAUGCCACUGCUGGUGUGCCAGAGGGUGUAGAUCCAGCAUUUUUGGCUGCUCUUCCAGAAGAAAUGCGGCAAGAAGUUAUUCGCGACCAUCUUAUCCAACAACAAAUGAAUGCAGCCACUAAUACACAAGUAGAAGCAGAAAAUGAUUUACCUCCUGAAAGAUUGGCUGCAAUAAUAGGGAUGGAAGUGCCGGAAGGUUUUAUUUUUGUGCAAGACUUAUUAUUCUACAAAUUUAUAUUGAACAAAUUUUAUCUUUAA